CUGUAGGCCAAGGUUGGCGAGCCGGAGGGAGGGAGGCCUGGGCCAGGCUGGGGAUAGCUCAGGGAAGGGAGGGAGGCCUUCGGGGUGGCCUGAGCAGCCCCCGAGGAGUCUUCCCACAAUAAGACUACUGUCAGACAAGCAGAGAGUGCCUGGGAAGGGUGAAGCUGGGAUCUGAAGGGAUCCGUGGGCCUGCUUGUUUUCUAAGACAAGGGUUCCUUCAGAGAGAGUUCCAGAAAGCAGGCAAGAUGGGGAAUGCCAAAAGCCUGUCCGGCCAGAAGAUGGACUUAAGGUUCUUGCCCGAGGAGCAGGCUGAAGUGGACAGGCUGUUUGCUGCCCUGUCAACUAGUGAAGGCAGUGUGGCAACGAGGACAUUCUCUCUGGAGGCACUGAAGAGGCAUGUCAAGGAGGCCCUUCCCCCAGCGAUGCUCACCAGACUAUAUAACGGCAUGCGGAGGGUGAAGCCAACUGACAGGGUACACGGGAGCUGCAACAAUGUUUCCAGGGAGCAGUUCGCUACAUUCCUGUCCCAGCUGUUGAGAGGAACCUGUGAAGAGAAGGGCCUUAUGGUUACGAACAUGAUCUCAGCUGCAGAGGGUCCUACCAAAACCAGAGAUGUCCAGAAGUUCACAGAGGAUCUGGUGGCCUCUGUGGUGCACGUGCUGACCCACCGGUGUGAGCUCCGAGGCUGGACCUGCAGGAAAUCCGCCGUGCUCCCUGACAGUAUGCAGGCGAUGGUUGCCCAGCUCCUCUCCGAGAUGAAGUUUCAAGAUGGCCACCAGUCUCUGGGCCCUCAGUGCCUGGACCAGAUCUGUGACCAAGCCAUGAUUGAGGAGUGGGUGUUCCGCGUCCCUCAAGUGGGCGUGUUUCUGAGUGUGAUCAUCCACAAGGGCCUGUGCCUCCUGGGCUCAUCCUUUGACCUGUCCACACUGGUCCCUGAGCGCCUCGUGGACCAAGGCAGGCACUUCGAGAGCAUCCUGGAUGUACUGUCUGUUAUCUACCUGAGCUCCCACCUGGCCCAGGAGCAUCGGCACCGCUGGCGCCUGCUGUUCUCCACACAGCUCCAUGGGCAGAGCUUCUCCCAGCUCUGCAGCCACAUCACAAACCAGGGGCCCAGCCUGGUUGUCCUUGAGGACAGGGACGGCUACAUCUUUGGUGGCUUUGCUUCCUGCUCUUGGGAAGUUAAGCCUCAGUUUCAAGGGGACAACAGAUGUUUCCUGUUCUCCAUCACCCCCAGAAUGGCCACGCACCUGCACACGGGCUACAAUAACCACUUCAUGUACUUGAAUUGUGGACAGCAGACCAUGCCCAAUGGACUGGGCAUGGGUGGGCAGCACCAUUACUUUGGGCUUUGGCUGGCCGCCGACUUUGGGAAAGGACACAGCAAGGCCAAGCCCGCAUGCACCACCUACAACAGCCCACAGCUGUCUGCCCAGGAAGACUUCCUGUUUGAUAAGAUGGAGGUGUGGGGACUUGGCAACCUCUCAGAGACAUAUGAGGGCAAGAACAAGAAGAGCAUCCUGGACUCAAAUCCCGAAGCCCGCUGCCUGUUGGAGAUCAGUGGACUGGCAGGGCACAGCGAGGGACUGCGGGAAGUCCCCAAGAAUGAAGACUGAAGCACCUGGACAGAGAGCUUCCUGGAGCAGGGGCGGGGACUCCCCCGGAGAUGCAGGGCCGAUAAGUAUCCAGAUUUCUCACCGCUGGGUGACAGAGAGAGCUCUUCUUACCCUCUGUCCUCACUCCUGGUUAGCCUUAACACAGAGCAACGUGGCUGCACGCAGGCCAGCAUGGACAUACUUAAUCAGAACAUAGUCAUGCCAAAAAAGAUCCCUCUGAAGCCAUAAUUGCUGGGUGUUGCCACCCAGCAUCCCUGAGCGCAGGUUAGAACCUUGGCCUUAAACUUUGUCUUCUGUCUUUUGUCCAUGGCACCCAAAGACGAAGAGCCUUGAAACCUGCAGGGAGUGGUGGUCGGUCGUUGGGGGUGUACAUUCUUGCCUUGUGAGGAGGCACCAUGUUUGGCCUUUGCUCUGGGGUCCCUGUAGUGCCCUGGUGGUGGCCCAUCAUGAGUGGAAAGACAGGGGUGUUUAGAUGAAUAUCUUGGUACUCUGUGAGAAGAUCCACACACCCCAAGCAUGGAAUUUGUGGGUUUGCAGCUGAAGAUCUGAAGGAAAUGUCUCUGGGGGCAGGUCCUCAGAGCAGGCUUGCCAUGGGGGUCCCAUCUAGCUUUCUUACACUUUUUAAGCGAGUCUGGUGAACAAGUGGGAAAACGUGACCUAUUUACCCAGAGACCAAGCCUUUACUGUGCUGCUAACCCAAAUAUGAGACCUGGGAUCUUUGGAGAGAUUCAAAGUCUUCAUGCUUGCCUACUGUGUGCAUAACACCCACCCAUUCCAGAUGUCAGUGGUGGGUGAUGUCCCCUCUUGGUUGGGGGUGUCAGCCUCUAGGUGCCUUCUCUGAGGUCACAGCUCAGGGCUUCUCAGGCGAAGGAUGGGCCAUGGGACAGCAUGACUUACUUCAGACAGACUCUAGUGUGUCCCUAAAGACUGAAGAUGACUCAGGUGGCCCAUCACACUGUGAGUGAUGGCCACCCAGCUCCAUCCACCCAGAGGAGCUGUAGGCCCUUGAGACCCCUACAUCUUGUUUGUAAACCUCUAUGUCUUUUGCUGUAAACUUCAACCUUUACGGAUCUGACACAAGCUCUACUUUUGCGUAUAUUGUUUGCC